UUGCUUUCCAGCAGCAUUGGUGCCCAGGCACGCAGGCAACAGACUGCCUGAGCAUGCAUCUCCUCUCGUUACUAAUACCAUCUGGCCUUCUCACUGGCUCUCAUCAUGUUGGAAUAUUUAGGGUUGUGCGAGCCUCUUGUGGUGGCAAAUUGGAGACAAAAAACCCGCUCUGCUAUCGCACAGUCUUUCCCCCCCCCAGCGGUCCGCAGCUCCCAACACGGCUCGGUAUCAUGCAAGAAAAUAAACAGCACCUUUGUCUACGACCUCACAGCUGCACUUUGCAUGUAUAUCUCAGUGCUGACAAUGGGUGACGAUCUUGGCAUGGCAGUAUCAACAAGUAAUAGCAUCGCGCCCAUAUUAUUAGCUUUGGCCGGUGUAAGUGCUCGUGCCCGUGCGCGUUUCCCCUCAAGCAACGCCCAGGCUAGCGAACGGCCAAGCGGUCCCAGCACACCCACACCCCAUAAUUACAGGGCCUUUAGCGCCAACCAGCAGCCAACGUCGCCUAAAUUGGCUCCUCCACCCCGCUGAGCCAGCCUCUCUACCCACGUGUGUGGCCCAUCAAAGCCGCCAUUCCCCAUGUUUCCAUACACCUGCCGCUCCUGGCUCAAGUUCAAUCAGUCAAGCCCCAGAAGCAGAAGUUUCGGGGCCGGUGCGACGUAGGAAACACAGCAAGACCAGACCACAAGGCCGAAAUUCGCUCAGGCCGCUGCUCGCAACGUGGCGCUGGCCUUAGUCUGGCUGAAGCUUGACUUUUACCUCCUACCACAACCUCUGCAUCACAUCAUAUCCAAACACCAGAUUA